UAGGAUAUCCUUUUUGUGAAGAGAUAGGAAGGCUUAAAAGGACACGAGCCUUUCUUUACCCUCUUCGUUGUCUUCCACAGCCCCUGAGAACAACAUGAAGGUCCUGUCGCUUCUUCUGCUGGCGUUCGCCUGCGCAUCGACGAGUGGCUGGAGCAUCAUUUGCUCGCCAUGUGACGAAUCGAGAUGUCUGCCGCCGCCCGAUGAUUGCAAAUUCGGCCUUGUCAAGGAUGCAUGCAACUGUUGCGAUGUCUGCGGAAAGGGCCCUUCUGAGGACUGCGAUCCGGAGAAUAAGUGCGGGCCUGGCUAUUACUGCCACCUGCACCCUAUCUCCUAUGGCAAUGGUGUCUGCAAGAGGAUACUGUCAAAAUGGCAGUGAACAAGACCAUGCUUUGGAACUAGGCCGGCGAGAGUACGGAACGGAAAGGGGGCCUCCUCGUCAUUUCCGCUUAGUUACGUACACAGUAUCCAUAGCAACAAGGAAAGCGUCUAUCCCCUAAACAAUAUAAGCCUUUUCCGCAUUUCCAUUCUGCGUCACUGCAGAUCUCACCAGGUCCCUGAAAAAAAUAAAAUGUGCGUAAUCAGAAUUGUAGUCAAUGGGUUGAAGUGUGAAUGUAAUUGAUAUGAAAUUAUUUAUAAACAGUAUCUGCGAAAUAAAUUAUCGUAUUUUA